AUGGAGAACUUGAAUGUCCCAUUCCCAGAUCCUACUGAAGAACAGCAAGACAUUUUCCAGAGGGUUUUUACUGCUGAUGCAGAUUACUUAGAGGAUCAUGAGAAAAUGAACCAGUCCUUCUGGGAAUCACUUGUAAAAUGUUUAGCCACCACUGACCCACCUAUCCUGAAUACUGAAGAAAUGAACAAUCUCCUCAACAGCUGCAGUGUCCUGCCUGGAGGCUGUGCAGCCUGCCUGAAAGCCAUAGAGAAGAAAGGAGUCAGGGCAAUGGCUGUUCUUUACCUCCUGCUGAAGACAACCCACCCAUCUGGAUAUAGGCAGCUGCCCAGCUCCAAGGGAAAAGACGAAAAAUUGAAACUCCUGAAGAGAUUGGAAAGGAACCUCAUGCUUUCACAAGGGGAAAAAAAGGCGGAAAACUCAUCCCAUGAGUCCAUGGAUGAGGAUACACAAGACAGUGAUGGGGAAGAUUUAGGAAGACAGAAGACUGAAGGCCAAUUACUUGAAGGCAUACCAGCAGAGGUUGUUCCCUACAGAGAUUCAGAGAUUACCAGAAGAGAAGAUUCAAUUGCAGAUGCAUAUGAGAACGAGAACACUCGCCUCCAUCAGUGGACAGUACGGUGGAUGGGCAUACGGAAGGAUGAUGAAUUCUUUCAUUUUGUCAUUCUUUGUUUUGCAAUUGGAACUUUACUAAUUUGCUACUACUACUACAAAGAUUGGACUGUUUCUGUUGGAACCGGUUUAAUCACCUUUGCUUCCCUGGAAACCACUGGGAUAUACUUUGGUCUAGUGUAUCGAAUUCGGAGCAUAGUUGACAGUUUCGUUCCUCUGAUUGACAAAUUCAGGCCAACAGUUCCAUUUGCACAUCCAGAAAUAGCAGCAACUGUACGCAGGCCUGUACGAACACAGCACAGCAGUUACCUAACAUGUCAGGGGUUAAAUUAA